AUGGACAGUAACAAGCUUCCAUCCCGACCACGCGAUACCAUAUAUGGCGACUGCGAUCAAUUCGAGAUCCUCGGGCGAAAGCUGAUGCGGAGAACCCUCCCACACGAAACGGGCCAGACUAACGCUCGGGCGUUUUCACUGGUCAUCGCCAUGCCGAUCACAUCGAAAGUUGGAGAAGCCGUCCGUCAGGGCCAAGAAUCCGUACAACAGGCAAUGAGCUCCGCCACGGGUUCGAAUAAACCAGACUUCUCGAAAUGGAAUACUGAGGAGAUGCUGGAGACCACUGUGGACAAGGACGGAAACCCUGUGACCAACGUCGACUCAUUUACCGACGGUGCUAAGUUGGCGAAAGGACAACUUGGUCAAGACGAAGCGGAUGCAUAUGAAGCCGCAAACGAAGACUUUGACUAG